UUUGUUUUUGAAGAUUUUAUUUAUUUAUUUGAGGGAGAGUUACAGAGAGGGAGGGAGGGAGAGAGAGGUCUUCUAUCUACUGGUUCACUCCCCAAAUGGCUGCAACAGCCAGAGCUGAGCCAAUCAGAAGCUGGGAGCCAGGAGCUUCUUCCAGGUCUCGCGUGUGGGUUCAAAGGCCCAAGCACUUGAGUCAUCUUCCGCUGCUUUCCCAGGCCAUAAGCAGAGAGCUGGAAUAGAAGAGGAGCAGCUGGGACACAAACUGGCGCCCAUAUGGGAUGCUGGUGCCACAGGCGGAGGCAGAGGCUUAGCCUGCUACACCACUGUGCUAGCCCAUAUCUGUUGACUUUAACAUCUGGGACAUCUUGGCACCAGUUUCCGUUAUCUUUUUCUCUUGCAAGUGGGUCACUUUUUCCUCUUUUCCAUCUGAGGAUAUAUCAAGUAAUUUUGAAAUGUACUGGACAUAAUUAAUAUGUUAUAAAUAUUCCGGGUUCUAUUAUAAUCUGGACAGGGCUUAUGUUUCUGUUCAUUUUAGCUGGAAUCCAGUGUAGUCUCCACUCCUUACCUGCAGUACAGACUGUGGCGCCGUUGGCCUUUGCUGUGCCGCCUGGGGAAGGCCUGUGAAUGUCUGUUUAGGUCAGAUCAGCCAGAGCUGUGGGCGCUUUAUGCACAGCACUGGGAGUUAUUCCUCUCUGUUUCUACUCUUCCGGGUGUCUCCCCUCACUUUCCAGCAACUUUUUUGUCCCAAAUUCUGUCCUCUGGUUAUUCAGGUCAGAGCAGUUAAACUUUGCUUUAAAAAAAAAAAAAAAAAUCAGGCUUUUAGCUGACCAGCACAGCACUGAUUGGACCUGCCUCCCAGCUGAGCUCAUAGACUGGGCGCUUCAUCAGGAACAUUCUCCUUUUCCACGUGUUGACUCCUUUCUGGGAUCUGCCUGUCCUGUUACUCCCCAGUGCCUUCAGGUCAUUUUUUAAAAAAUUAUUUUUUGCAGUUUAUAGUUGUGGUAGAGGUGGUCAGAUCGGAGCCGCUCAGCCAUACUAGGAGUGGAAAUCCUUCUUUGUCUCAUUUAAAUGAGCAAUGCAAAUGUUCUCAUGUUCUCAUCAGAGAGGUGGCAGAGCUGAGCUGUGUGAAGACGCAAGGCUAUGGUGUGUUCCAGAAUGUUCCAGAAUGUUCUAGAAUGUGCAGGGGGAGCAGUCAGCUAAUGAUCGGUAACCAUCAGCUGGGAGAUUCUUAAAACACUGUUUUAAUUUAGUUUAUUUGAUAAUCAGGGAGAUAUAGAAAGAUAUUCCACCUACUGGUUCACUUCCCAAAUGCUUGCAACAACCAAUGCUGAGCCAGGCCAAAGCCAGAAGUCAGGAACUCAGUCCAGAUCUCAUACCUAGUUGCAGGGACAUAAGCACUUGAGCCAUCAUCUGCUGCCUCCCAGGGUGCACAGUAGUAGGAAGCUGGAACUGGAAGUGUAGACAGACUUUGAAUGCAGGUGUUCCAAUAUGGGGCGGGGGCAUCCCAAGCAGUGUCUUAACUGCUGGACCAAAUGCCUGCCCCCGACUGGGAAAUUUCAAAACAGACUGACUCCUAUACAGAGAACCUGUUUUGUGCAUUUGUAAAUUGGGGAUAGUGCUGGUAAGCAGCCAGUGUGCCGUGAGUGCCUGCUAGGUCCAAUGCUGAGCUCUUCAUUAUCUCUUUUAACCUUGGAACAGACUCCAUGAGAUUGGAUUGGUUUUAUUGGGAGGUUUUGAGUUCAAACUGAGGUUUACUGGGAUUAACCUCAAAGAGACAAAAUUAUUUACAUGAUUAAUAAGUAAUGAUUAAUUACAAUGACUGAUAAGUAAUAAUAACAAUAACAUAAUUAAUAAUGUGAUUGGGGCUGGCACUGUGGCUUAGCGGGUAAAGCCACCGCCUGCAGUGCUAGCAUCCCAUAUGGACGCCAAUUCGAGUCCCGGCUGCUCCACUUCAUAUCCAGUUCUCUAUUAUGGCCUGGGAAAGCCAUAAUAGAAGAUGGUCCAAGUCCUUAGACCCUUGCACCCACGUGGGAGACCCAGACUAAGUUCCUGGCUCCUGGCUUCGGAUCAGCACAGCUCCAGCCGUUGCAACCAAUUGAGGAGUGAACCAGCAGAUGGAAGACCUCUCUCUCUCUCUCUCUCUCUCUGCCUCUCCUUCUCUCUCUGUGUAACUCUGACUUUCAAAUAAAUAAAUAAAUAAAUCUUUUUUUAAAAAUGUGAUUAAUAAGUAAUUGUUAAUAAUGGCUCAAAUUAAUUGAGCGACUACCCUCAUUGUAGAUGUGUACUAAGUAUUCUUUAUGUAUCACAUUUAAUUCUCCCAACUACCCUAGGAGGUCAGUACUGUAUUGUCAGUCUGCCUUCUCACAUGGACACGGCGGGGCUAAGGAAGGCGGAGUAACUUGCCCAAGGACCCAUACCGCGCAAGUGGUGGAGCUGGGACUUGAACCUAGCAGCUUUGCUCUAACCCCAUCUGCCCAACCUUUAAGCCAUGCUGCCUCCUUGCCGUGUGUGACCCUCUGGAUCUUAGAGAGGAUCAUUCCUGCUGGUAAAAUCUGGGUUGGAGUAAACAGACUACACAAGGCUGUUCUCUGAUGUAGGCACCCGGGUGGUACCCGACGUUUGUGGGGCCUCCGUCAGCCUGAGAACUAUACUGCUAUCUGCUCACCAGGCACGCCAGCCUCCAAUAGAAAUGAGGAAAUCUUCCUAAGAAGGACUAAACUGUGAUAGACUGCACAGAUUUCCUGGUCCUGGUUUUCACUUCAUGUUUUGGAUGCUGCAGGCCUGGUGCGAGAGAUCCCAGGCGCUGUCCCGGCAGCUGCCCUGCCUCUGAGCGCUGCCAUGGACCACUUCCAGGCCAUCCUGCCUCGGGUUCAGAUGCUGCUGUCCUGCCAUGGGCAGAGGGAAGUGCGGGCUCUCCUGGACAGCCUGCUACAGGAGGAGCUUCUCUCCAGGGAGUACCACUGCGCCCUGCUCCACGAGCCUGAUGGGGAGGCGCUGGCCAGGAAGAUCUCCCUGACUCUGCUGGAGAAGAGAGACCUGGACGUGGCCCUCUUAGGUUGGGCCCGGAGCGGGUGGCAGGUUCCAGCAGCAGAGAGGAGCCCUGAACACGGGGACCUUGGCGGCGGCGGAUCGUGUGCCACCAUGGAACUGGGGCCUCUGGAAGGGAAGUACCUGGAGCUUCUCAACAGCGAUGUUGACCCCUUGCGCCUCUACCACUUCUACGACCAGAUUGACCUGGCUGCGGGAGAAGAGAUGGAGCUGUGCUCAGAACCCUACACGGACACCAUCAACUGCGAGCAGUUCAGCAGGCUGCUGUGUGACAUUGAAGGUGACGAAGAGACCAGGGAGGCUUACGCCAACAUCGCGGAACUGGACCAGUAUGUGUUCCAGGACUCCCAGCUGGAGGGCCUGAGCAGAGAUAUUUUCAUAGAGCACAUGGGAUCAGAUGACGUGGUUGGUGAGAACGCAGAGGUGCCCGCGGAAGCAGUACAGAAAAGUCAAAAGAGACCCUUCCCGGAUGAGUGCCCGGCAGAUCCGAAGCACAGGAGGCUAGCUGAACCCCCCACUGUGCCCGUGGUGACCGGCAGCUUCCUGGUGGGGCCAGUGAUGGACUCCCCCGCUCUGCCCUGCCCACCGCCACCUGCCCUGCUCAACCAGGAGCCAGCGCGCAGCCAGACCCACCAGGAGGGAGCCGUCCAGAAGCCUGUGCCCCCCACCAGCUCCUCCUCGAACUGCCUGAACCUCCCUGCUGGCCCCAUGCAGCUCAUCCCCACUGUCCCCGCUCUGCCCCAGUGGCUCUGGCAAAUCUCAGGGGCUGGGACUGGCGUCUCCAGUAUAUUCAUCUACCACAGCAAGCUGCCCCCGGCCAGCCAAGCGUCCCCUCCCAGAGGCCCUGCUGUGCACAGCCUCCCGAAGUCCCCAGACCGGCCUGGCUCCACCAGCCCCUUCGCUCCGUCUGCAGCUGAGCUGCCCAGCAUGCCCGAGCCAGCCCUGACCUCCCGCACAAACGAGACAGAGGACACUGUGCUCCCCACACGAUGCCAAGAAGCCCCGGAGGUCUCCAAAUGGCCUGAGCCGGUGCGGCAGCUCUGCCGCUCGCUGCAGGACAAGUUCCAGGCUGAGCCCGCAGGCCCGGAUGGCAUCCAGGUGGAGGUGGAUCUGGUGCGGGCGCAGCUGGAGAGGAGCGGCAGCAAGAGCCAGGACAGGGAACUGGCCACGCUGGACUGGGCCGAGAGGCAGCUGGCCCACGGGGGUCUGGCCGAGGUGCUGGCUGCCAGCAACCCCCGGCAGCCACGAGAGACACAGAUCAUCGCCGUGCUGGGCAGGGCCGGGCAGGGCAAGAGCCACUGGGCCCGGGCGGUGGGCCGGGCCUGGGCCUGCGGCCGGCUGCCGCAGUACGACUUCGUCUUCCACGUGCCCUGCCGCUGCCUGGACCGUCCCGGGGACGACUUUCGCCUGUGCGACCUGCUUGUGUCCCCGGGCCCGCCGGCCCCGGCCGCAGACGACGAGGUCUUUGGCCACAUCUUGAGGAGGCCUGAGCGCGUCCUGCUCAUCCUGGACGCCUUCGAGGAGGUGGAAGCCCAGGACAGCCUCCUGCACGGCGGCGCGGGCGGCCCCGGGCCCACGGAGCCCUGCUCCCUCCGGGGGCUGCUGGCCGGCCUCUUCCAGCGCAGGCUGCUCCGGGGCUGCACCCUGCUCCUCACCGCCCGGCCUCGGGGCCGCCUGGGCCAGAGCCUGAGCAAGGCCGACGCCCUGUACGAGAUGACUGGCUUCUCGGCCGAGCAGGCCCACGCCUACGUGGUACAAUACUUUGAGCGCUGCGGAGCCCCAGAGCACCAAGAGAGAGCCCUGGCACUGCUGCAGGAGCGCCCGUUUCUGGUCAGCCACAGCCACAGCCCAACCGUGUGCCGGGCGACGUGCCAGCUCGCACAGGCCUUGCUGAAGCAGGGCUGCGGGGCCCGGCUGCCCUGCACGCUCACAGGACUCUACGUGGACCUGCUGGGCCCUGCGGCCAGCGACGGCCCCCCAGGGGCCCUGGUGGCACUGGCCAGGCUGGCCUGGGAGCUGGGCCGCAGACACCAAAGCUCCCUGCAGGAGAGCCAGUUCCCGUCGGCGGAGCUGAGGACCUGGGCUGUGGCCAGAGGCUUGGUGCAGCCAGCCCCAGGCGCCGCGGAGACCGAGCUGGCUUUCUCCAGCUUCCUCCUGCAGUGCUUCCUGGGGGCUGUGUGGCUGGCGCUGAGCAGCGAGAUCAAGAACAAGGAGCUGCCGCAGUACUUGGCACUGACCCCGAGGAAGAAGAGGCCCUACGACAACUGGCUGGAGGGCGUGCCGCGCUUCCUCACCGGGCUGAUCUUCCAGCCCCGCGCCCGCUGCCUGGGAGCCCUGGUGGGGCCAGAGGCAGCCGCCGCGGUGGACCGGAAGCAGAAGGUGCUCGCCAGGUACUUGAAGCGGCUGCAGCCAGGGACGCUGAGGGCGCGGCGGCUGCUCGAGCUGCUGCACUGCGCCCACGAGGCCGAGGAGGCCGGGAUCUGGCAGCACGUGGUGCGCGAGCUCCCCUCCCGCCUCUCCUUCCUGGGCACGCGGCUCACGCCCGCUGACACACACGUGCUGGCCCGGGCCUUGGAGGCCGCCGGCCGGGACUUCUCUCUGGACCUCCGCAGCACCGGUGUGGACCCCGGCGGACUGGGCAGCCUCGUGGGACUCAGCCACGUCAGCAGCUUCAGGGCCAACUUGAGCGACACGGUGGGGCUGUGGGAGGCCCUGCAGCAGCGUGGGGAGACCAAGCUACUCCAGGCAGCGGAAGAGAAAUUCACCCUGGAGCCUUUCAGGGCCCAGUCUCUGAAGGAUGUGGAGGAGCUCGGCCACCUCGUGCGGACCCAGAGGAUGGGACGCGCCUCUGCAGACGAAGCCGGCGGACUCCCCGCCGUCCGGGACCUGAAGAAGCUGGAGUUUGCGUUGGGCCCCACCUUGGGCCCCCAGGCCUUUCCCAAACUGGUGAGGAUCCUCACGGCCUUCUGCUCGCUGCAGCACCUGGACCUGGACUCCCUGAGCGAGAACAAGAUCGGGGACGAGGGCGUCGCACAGCUGUCGGCCACCCUCCCUCAGCUGAAGGCCCUGGAGACGCUCAACCUGUCUCAGAACAGCAUCACCGACCUGGGCGCCUGCACGCUCGCCGAGGCCCUGCCCGCGCUCGCCAGCUCCCUCCUCAGGCUGAGCUUGUACAAUAACUGCAUCUGCGACGCGGGAGCCGAGAGCCUGGCGCACGUACUUCCACGCAUGGCGGCCCUGCGGGUGCUGGAUGUCCAGUACAACAAGUUCACGGCCGCCGGGGCCCAGCAGCUCGCCGCCAGCCUGAGGAAGUGCCCUCAUGUGGAGACGCUGGCGAUGUGGACGCCCACCAUCCCAUUCGGCGUCCAGGAGCACCUGCAGCAGCUGGACUCCCGGAUCAGCCUGCGAUGAUCUGCUGCGCCCUGCAAGGGACACUGACCACGCCGGACCUUGAACUGGGUACCUGCGGACACAGCUCUUCCCAGGGCCGUCUCCCGUGAGCCUUGGCGUGCCGCCCCUCGCCAGCUGUGAAGGGGACCCUCGUCUGCUCUCCUGGCAGAUCCAGGCCCGGCUCCAGGCUCCCUGAGGGUCCAGGUGGACACCAGUGCCGCUCAGCUGCGGCAAGCCUGACAGACGGGCGGGCGCCUGCUGCGUGGUGCUCCGGACGGCCACAGCCAGGCCGGGGCGGCCCCCUCUGCCUGCCCAGGCCCGUGGCAGCCUGGUGAGAAGGCACAGCUCUGCACGGCUCUCGGACCAGACGCCCUGCCAAGGCCUGCCCGGCACUCUGCAGAUACUGACGGGCAGCCGACGGGCUGGGGCUCCGCAGCAGCCGGUUUCUGUCCGUGGCACUCACUGUUUGCACUGACUCUGUUGGCCAAGGCCACAGCUGGGCCUGGCCAUUCGCGCUGGACGUUAGCCGGGAACCAGCGAACGGUACACUAAUUGAGAGGGGAGACAGACUGGAGCCGCAGCUGCCUCUGGCCUUCGUUUCCGGUGUGCUUUUCCACUACACUAUAAAUGUCUGACUCCAUCUCACAGGCAGAUCCAGGGUUUGCGUUUUUACCAUGGUUGCCACGUGGGGGUAGCCAUUCUUCUGGUUACUGAAUGCCUAACGAGCCACCCCAAACAGUGGCUUGGAACAACACACACACAUCGAUCGACUCAGCCGCAUACGGUUGCUUGGGCUCAGCAGGGUCAGCCCGCCUCUGGCCCACUCAGCGUCGAAGGCCGGCCUGGGAUCCUCCGCAGGCUCAUCCACCCGGAUGUCCGCACGGGAUGCUGGCUCCUGCCUGCGGCCUGUUUCCCUUAGAAGCAGUUGGCUGGGGAGCCCUUCCACGUGGGCUAUUUUGGGCUUCCCUGCAACAUGGUGCCUGGGUUGAAGGGUGAUGGCCCAGAGAGAAGGGGGAGGAGGGACCAGAAGAGCAGAGCUGUGUCCUGUCCAUUAGAAGCCGCGCAGCCCAGGGGCCAGCCUGGCCUGCUGACCACACGCACACGGCAGAGUGCCCCUCGGUCUGGAUCCUUUCUGCCGAAGGGAUUUUCUUUGUGGCUUCCUCAGACUCGCUGCGAAAGUUGUCACUUGAGGACCAGGGUGGAGCCCAGUGCUGUACUCCCCUGCCUCUGUUGUGCUGUCCUGGGAGCCGUCUCCCAGCCAAGUUGGAAUCCUGCCUCCAUCGCAGCGAGCCCAGAAGGGACUUGGCAGCUGCACUUCCCACCCAGCAGCUGUCAGAUGGCUUUUGUUGAUCAUUCCUGCUUGGUGUGCUGGGUCAGAAGCCCCGCUGAGCCGAACUUGCUGGCUCCCAGUGGCUGGGGAGCUGUCCGUUCAGCACCAGCAUGCAGGCCCUGAUGCCCACAGACUGAGCCAGGUUCCCCAAUUCUGCUUCUCUUCCAAGCAAGUGGGAAUUGGGGGUCAGAAGAACCUUGAAGGGUUCAGCUUAGGCUGCCUGGUUGAUGUUCCUUGUAGGGGGGCAGGUGCUGUCUGUCGUGCCCCAGCUGCGAAGGCCGUCUGGGUCUGGGGCCCAGGUUUGGGUUGUAGGUGGCUCAGCUGUCACUCCUCCCGGCAUUCCUGGGUUCACACACUGCAGAGUCCAGGGGGUGCUCCCUGGUGUGGCCACAGGGGUGAGCAUGGAGCCAUGGCCUGGCUCUGGCAUCUGCUGCACCUGUCGGCCACGUGGGCUCUACUGGACCUUGCUCUUGGUCUGUCUGGAUCUGACAAGAUGAGCUCAGAGGCUGUUUAUGAUCAUAUUUAUCACUGAGAGCCACCCGAUAUGUAAUGAGUUGGUAGUGCCUGGGUCGGAGUAAACACGCAGCAAGUGUUCAUGAUUGUGGUUAUGCUGUGCCAGGCGCUGUGCUAAGCCCCACCUGACCGACGGCUCAUUU